GCAUACAAGGAAGCUUGUGAGAAGGAUGAUGGGCCUAUCGACUUGAGGCCUUACAGGAACACCGAGGAUGAGGCCAUGGAGGGUGAAGAGACAGUGACCGUUCGUCUCGACAGUGGUGAAGUGGUCGAGAUUCCUGUCCGAUUCAUCGAGACUCGUGAGCCUGAGAGUGAGGAAGACGUGCCUACGACAGCGAUGGAGGUGACUGAGCCGCCAGAGCAAGUGGAGUGGGCAGAAGAAGACCUACCAGUUCCGGAGUCAGGGAUCGAAGACCCAACCGUGAACCAGGCAACAAGUUCCUGGAUCACGAAAGAUGAGUUUAACGCUCUAGCGGAGUUUGAUGGCCCAGAGGCACGAUCAGGUCUCAGUGCAAAGCAACACAUGCUGAAAUUACAGGAUGAGUGGGCGAAGGCUGACCGUGAGGGAAACCAUGAGAGGAAACUAGAGAUAUAUAACAUGAUGGAUGUGCACUUUCCUUUCAUGGACUCAGCCAGCCUGCCAUUCUAA